UAGUCCCCCUAGGUUAAGGGAGACUGUAGGCAUCCCUUGGACUUGGAGAUAGCUCUAACAACAACCCGAACCCACCAACCCGCUAAUUUUCAUCUCGUCUUCCGACGCAACUUCAUGAAUCUAAGAAGGACUCAUCAAAAAGCGUAGUCUCUCGAUGAUCGAGGGAUCACUCUCCUUCGGGCUGCCCAAACCUCGCUGUUGCUGCGAAGAACGACCGAACGCUGCAAAGGUCUCAACUUUCAACCCCCCCGCCCUCUUAACGAUUCCUGACCGCGUUAUUCCUCGUUCUGAUGCCGGUCUUGUUUGAUUUGCUGGAUUAGUAAAAUUUUGAGAUACAUGGGUUCUCGUUGAUUUGGUAAAAACUUUCGUGUGGUAUUGUUUGCUUUUGGGAAAAAAUAAAUGACUAGAUUUUCUUUCCUAUGAAUAAUUCAGUUUGAACGUUGAUAUGGGUAUUGCUUUAUUCCCUAAAAUUACUUAUAUUGAGCUCCAUGUGUGCAUUGCUUAAGGGCAUCGAUGGCAUUGCCUUUUCUAAGAUUUAUUAGGACUUUUCCCCCCUCCCAAUUGCAAUAGUGGAUUCGAAUCGCGAAAUUACUUUUAGAAGUUGGGUGUUUUCAUCAUUUGGUUUUUCUAUGGAGUGCGCAUGACACUCUAUAAGAGAAGAGAGAGAGAAAGAAAAAUGAAUUAGAAAAAUAAUUUAUGUACAGAAAUUAAGAGAGGAGAGAGAUAGAGAGAUAGAGAGAACUAGAGAAAUGAAUAGCUCAUGACCCCUGAUUUGCAUUAAUUAAUAUCUGUGCAUAAUUCAUUUAUGUAGAAAGACCGUUUAGUAUUUCGAAGAUUCUGAGCCUCGAUCAUGACUGAACUCGGAAAAGAAUUGUCAAAACUAAUUGUUUGCCGAUCCCUUUACAACAACUUCUCUGAAAGUGGGAGUUGAGUAGAGGAAACGUUAGUGAGGCUGCUAUUUUCUUUUCUUUUCUAAAAAAGCAUCACAUUCUCCCAAAUCUUUCUAUGGAGUUGAUGUUUACCAAUUUCUUGUUAGUCUAAAAUUUGAUUAUAUGAGAGAAACAAUGAAAAAUGUUUAAAAGUCUUGUGGACUCUAAUAAGUGGCGUGAGGCCAAAUUACCACACACGUUUCCUUUGUCUGUUUUUUACCAGAAACGAAAGCAGCAUGACUUCUUCAAGAUACAAAGCAUUAUGGCAGAACUAGCGAGGGGAGUGCUCUCUCUUCUAACUCACGCAUUUGCAAGAAAAAUGAGUUCUUUUCCGUCUCACUCGAUCCCCUGUGCCCUUGCUUUCCUUUCUUUUACUUCGUUUUUAGCAUCAGCAACACCCCAGAACUCUCUCUCAAGAGACUCUUCUCUUUAUGUGGAGGAUGAUUCUAAUGUUCUGCUCUCAGCUGACGAAUCCUUCACAUGUGGCUUCUACGAGAUUGGCGCAAAUGCCUACACCUUCUCAGUUUGGUUUUCAAAUUCAGCGAACAAGACAGUUGUAUGGACCGCGAAUCGUGAUCGUCCAGUUAAUGGGCAUGGAUCAGCCGUUACCUUCCGCAAGGAUGGGAUCAUGGUUCUGUCUGAUGCCGAAGGCAUAAUCAUAUGGAGCACCAACACCAGUUCAACCGAAGCUAAUACAGCACAACUUCUCAAUACCGGAAAUUUAGUUCUCAAUGAUCCAAAAGGUAAUCUCAUAUGGCAAAGCUUCGAUUCUCCUACUGAUACUCUCUUACCAACUCAACCUAUCAUUAAAAGCAAGCAACUAAUCUCUGCAAGGGCCAGAGGUUCACUUUCAUCAGGCUACUAUAGCUUUUAUUUCGACAAUGAUAAUGUCCUUAAGCUCAUGUAUGAUGGGCCUGAGGUCUCUAGCAUCUACUGGCCUGACCCUGACAACACGGUGUGGUACAAUGGUAGAACUAACUACAACAGUAGCAGAUACGGCGUCCUUGACGAACAAGGCCAGUUUCUGGCUAGUGACAGAUUGGCUUUCAAUGCUUCGGAUUUCGGUUCUGGGACUAGAAGAAGAUUGACGUUGGAUUAUGAUGGUAAUCUUAGGCUGUAUAGCUUGAACGAAUCGAGCGGAUUGUGGUUGGUUUCGUGGGAAGCCCUGCCACAAUUGUGUCUUGUUCACGGUUUGUGUGGCAAGAAUGGUAUAUGCGUGUACACUCCCAGACCUGAGUGUUCUUGUCCUUUUGGUUAUGAAAUGAAAGAUGCAAGCGAUUGGAGCAAAGGUUGCAAGCCUCGGUUCAAUAUUAGCUGUGAGAGCCAUCAGGAAAUGGAAUUUGUAGAGCUCCCGAAAACAGACUUUUGGGGCUUUGAUCUCAACUACACCCCUUCAGUAGCAUUGGAGUAUUGCAAGAAGCGAUGCAGGGAUGAUUGCAGAUGUCAAGCUAUUGGGUACAAGAUUGGGAGUGGUGCCUGCUUUACGAAGAGUGCCCUCUUUAACGGGAAAACUACUCCUCAGUUCCCAGGAAGUGCAUAUCUGAAACUCCCAAAGAGUUUUGGAAUGUCGAAGCUCUCUGCUACACAAGUACAUGAGCCAAUUUGCAAUAGUAGCAAUGCUGAGGGUUCUGUUGAUCCUUCAUAUAUUUUCUCAAAAAGCAGUGGACUAUCGAAACUGGUUUAUUUUUGUUGGUUUGUAUCGGUAAUCGGGGUAAUUGAGAUUUUGUUUGUCGUAUUUGGUUGGUGGUUCAUUUUCAGGAGUGAUCGAAAGUCGACAUCAGUGGAGGAAGGGUACAAGGCGAUUUCUGAUCACUUUAGGAAAUUCAGAUAUCAAGAGCUUAAAAAGGCAACUGGAAGUUUCAAGAAUGAGCUUGGGAGGGGAGGGACAGGGGUUGUUUACAAAGGAGUCUUGGAUGACGAUAGGGUAGUGGCAGUAAAAAAAUUGGAAGAUGUAAUUCAAGGGGAAGAGGAAUUCUGGGGUGAAGUCAGUGUAAUUGGGAGAAUAUACCACAUGAAUCUUGUAAGAAUGUGGGGAUUUUGUUCAGAACGUUCACACAAGCUCUUGGUUUAUGAGUAUGUGGAGAAUGGGUCACUGGACAACCACUUGUUUUACAACACAACCAGUGCUAGAUUGCUCAAAUGGAAUGAGAGGUUCAAGAUUGUGCUUGGUGUGGCAAAAGCAUUAGCAUAUCUUCACCAUGAAUGCCUUGAGUGGGUCAUCCACUGUGACGUGAAGCCUGAAAACAUACUUUUAGACAGUCAAUUUGAGCCGAAAGUUGCAGAUUUUGGAUUAGCGAAACUGUUGAAGAGAGGAGGAGCUGAUUUGAAUAUUUCAAGGAUGCGAGGGACAAGAGGUUACAUGGCUCCUGAAUGGGCAUCGAAUCUUCCCAUAACUGCAAAAGUUGAUGUCUACAGCUAUGGGAUUGUUGUCCUUGAGAUAGUGAAGGGAGGUAGAAUUGGGGAGGCAGCUGAGUUAGAGCUGAUAACGUUAACUAGGAUGCUGAAGGAGAAAUUUGAGAGUGGAGAUGAGUCAUGGAUUGUUGAUUUCAUCGAUCAGAGAUUAAACGAGGAGUUCAACCGUAAACAGGCAGUAAUGCUGGUAGAAGUUGCAUUGUCUUGCUUGGAAGAGGACAGAAGUAAGAGACCUUCAAUGGAUGAUGUUGUCCGAAUGCUCAUGUUAUGUGACGAUGAACCAAACUCCCACAAGGUAAGAGUUUCAGAAAAUGAUAUCUGGUAAGUUUCUUGUGGAACCGGUGUUAGAUAAGAGAUAUUGAGACAGUGAAUUGUGUAUGAAUAUGUGCAUUUCGUGAGACUUUCUUAUAGUUCGUUAACUUCCUACUCUGAAGCUCGGAUAAAUCUCCGUUUGUUAUUCACUAGCAGCACGUGGCUUCAAAGCUCUUAUUGUAAUUUAUACAAUCAAUACAAUGUUUUCAUGGACUCCAUCCAUGUGUUCAAGGUGAUUAUCUCAUGCAAUCACAAGUUUGGUCCGCAGACAUAUCUUUGAUAUAAAUGUUGGCAUUCUACCCCCACAGAGACCACCAUAAUGGCCCCAAUUCACUGAGCAACAUGGAGGAAAGUAAGGCAAAACUUAAAGAACAAUUGCAUGGUAAGGCGCUGAAGUUCGAGAGACUUGAAAAGUAGUAGACAUGAACUCUUAUGGAGAUUGAUUCAGUCUUCAUAGAAAGGUUAUUUGAAGAAAACUCCAGUGUUUCGUCUUGUUAUCAAGAGACACUGGGGGGUCGCAGUGCAGUGGGAGAAUCAGCAGAGGAGGAAGUCUCUUCUUCUCAAAUUAUCUAUUUUAUUGGUUUGCAUUCUGUACGAUCUGCCAAGGUCAAACACGAGCUGAGACACUGGCAGCAGAGAUCAUGAGGCUCUCUGCUGAAUGCAAACAAGCUACGAACUCCCUCAUACAACAAUCUCACACGCCUGCCCAAUACUUCAUAAUAUCGAGAACAACCUUGUGAAAAUGAUGCAAGUUAUGUCGUAGUUCUGCGGUUUAAUUUUCAAGCAGCAGAGAUCUAUGAGCAUUAAGAAGAGAGAAUAGAGGAUUUCAUUGUCCACUUAAUCUUUUUGAAUCUGUGACGUUGUAAAAGCUUGCCAUGCUCGAGUCCAAGUGCAUUUACAUGUAUGAAGCCAAGGCAUAAUGUAAAAGUUAUCAAAAUACAAGAAAUGUGUUCUCGUAUCAACCUCUUCGUCUGUGCUACGCGAGAUAUUACCUUCUGUGAAUAUGCUUAUGAAUUCGUUGUCCCUUUUCUGUCGACAGAUUUUGGCAUUGUUGUCGUCGUAACGCUUUCUUCUAGAUGUUAUAUAUCAUGCAAUAUUUGAUAUACUCACAGUAUUCAGACAUAUCCAGUUUGGAUGUACGCAUUCAACCCACCAACCUGCAAACUCUCAACUUCUCUAGCUCGUCUUCGAGCUCUAUCUCACAUCCGCUU